UGUGUUCAGGAAGUAGGAACGUUGAUUCUGGCCCUCCAAUCUGACUAGUUAGAGUGGGACACUAGCAAGGGGUUGAGCAGGUCCCAUCCUGGGAUCACACCCCUGGAAUCAUGAACCAAAAUCCAGCAUCUUACUCCCAGUAUAAAUCGGAGGAGGAUGGCACGUCUUCAUCUGCCCGCCCCGGCUCCUCAGGCUCCGGACAGACUUACACUCCCACCCUGACCCCCACAGCCACCACCCCAACUCCGUCACGCACAGCCACCAGCAACAGCCCCAGUAACAAUGCUUCCACCAAAACAGACUCAUUGCUCUUCAACAAGAUUGAUGAGAGACAGAGGUUGGCCCGUGAGCGCCGUGAGGAGCGUGAGAAACAGAAUGCUUUUAAGGAGGCCCAGUGGCAGGCGCGUGAAGAGCGAGCCAGGCAGCACUAUGAGAAGCUCCUGGAGGAGAGGAAGAGACGGCUGGAGGAGCAGAGGAUGAAGGAGGACAAGAGACGGGCUGCUGUGGAGGAGAAGCGACGGCAGAAGCUGGAGGAUGACAAGGUUCGUCAUGAAGCGGUGAUUCGUCGAACUUUGGAGAGGAGCCAGGCCACCAGACAGAAGCCCAACCGCUGGUCAUGGGGCGGGGCACUGCACACAAACACUCCCAGCACACCAGCCGAUGCUGACAGGCGGUCAGUGUCCACGAUGAAUUUAUCCAAACACACAGACCCUAUCAUUACCAAGCGCCUCUCCUACUCCUCUGCCACACUCCUACACUCACCAGACCGAGGCUUACAGAAGAGAACAGCCUCCUCCCCUGUCAUUAGCAAAGCUCAGUCCAAAUCACGCCUACACCUGGGAAAGACCACCCACCACAAAAACACAGGCCUGCGCCGCCUUCCUCUGUCGCCAUGGGAGAGCAAUGUGGUGAACCGUCUGCAGCAGCCAACACACUCCUACCUGGCCCGCAGCCGCAGUGCCAUGAGUCUUUCUGGAGACCAAACAGUGUCCUGCCACCCCAUGGGCUCCAUGUCAUUCAAGGCCCUGCAGGCUCAGCCGCUCCCUCACUGCCGCAGCCAAGAGAGGAGCCUCAGCAGGGACACAACCUCAUCUUCUUCUAUCGCUGCCCGCAGGAGGACCACUGGAACAAAACCGGGCCUACAGCAAAAGAACCGUGACUUUGUCAGGAAGUCAUGGAGCAAUCUGACACUCCCAUUGGCUCCCAUACUGACUUUGCCCCCCAACAAGCACGCCUCUUCUUCAGGCAAAAAGAUCAGCAAAGUAACUACGCCCUCUCCUGGCAGGCCUCCACAGAAGACAGGGCGCCCUCCGACCCCUAAGCAACUUAAGUCUCCUGGGGCGGAGGACCCUGGAAACAUUCGUCCUGUCAGGACCACACCUGAUAGCUCCCAAUCCUCUACACCCACUCGAUCACAAGGGGAGGAUGAAGAGCAGGUUCUCAGUCCUCUGCAGCCCCGACCUCAGCCGCUUGGCCAGAACAAGGCCAGUACUGAGGAGACACCAGCAGCAGCCAGUGAAGGUGUAAGCAGUCCUUCAGCCCACAAGACUUCAGCCGGCACCACAGAUGCAGAGGAGGCGACUCGCAUCCUGGCUGAGAAUCGUCGCCUGGCCCGCGAGCAGAGGGAGAGGGAGGAAGAGGAGCGCAAACAACAAGAGGAGCAGGCUAGACUAGCCAAGGAGGAGAUGGCUCGCCGUAAGGCUGAGGAGCGAGCAAAGAGAGAGGAGGAGGCCCAGCGCCAGGCAGAGGAGAGGAGAAGGAAGGAAGAGGAGGAGAGAAAGGCAGAGGAGGAGAAAGAGAGAGAGGAGGCAGAGAGACUCCAGAAACAGAAAGAGGAAGAAGAGUCUCGACAGAAAGAGGAGGCAGAGAGACUGAGGCAGGAGAGAGAGAAACACUUCCAGAAGGAGGAGGCUGAACGUUUGGAGAGAAAGAAGCGUCUGGAGGAGAUUAUGAAGAGGACGAGACGUUCAGACACAGCAGAGAAGAAAGUGACUCCUAACAGGAAUGGAGAUAAUGCAGUGAGCCCUGCCUCUCCUGGUCCAUCUGCAGUGACCGCAUCACCAACACACCAUAGCAACGGCAACAGUUGCCAGGCUGACCCUGACCCAAACCCCAGCACCACAGCACUGAGCCAUCCUGACGAGCGGGAGAACGGAGAGUUUGAAGAGGUGAUUGUACUGCCUUCAGAUUCCAGGUUGUCUCCCCCUGAAGGAGAGGAGGAGCAGCAGCAGGAGCAGGAGGAAGAGGGGGAGGAGGAGGAGAGAGUUCCUGUUGUAGCCUUUAGGGAGAAUGGUCUCCUAAAGCCUCUGAGUGGGAUAGAGGAUAUAUCAGCCCAGCAGGGACCAGAUGUCGCCUGAUGCCCUGUUAGGACGAAAUGAUCCACACACAGAGCGCCAGGAAUAGAGACACGGUCAGAGAGAGGUGGAGAAACGCUGAACUGUCGGACUGAAUCAAAGGAAGGACUCACAGCAUCAUAGACACCCUUCCAGAGGUUUACUUUCUCACCUUCCUGUGUCCCCUGCUGACAGACGAGCACCGUAAGCCAUUUCCCCAAAGAUGGCGUCUCCAAAGAUCCCAUCAAAGCAUCCUCAGAGAGAAGUUACCUUCCCCUCAACAAACUCCCUUGGAAACAGAUCGUUUCUCUGUCUCUGACCAUGAUUACACUUGGUCUUUAUGUUCUGUGUACAGCUGUUCUGCUCUGCUCCCCAACUACCCCUGAUUCAGAAUUGCUUGUCCUGGUAUCACAGGAAGGCAUUGAACACCUUAUUCCAUCUUGUGACUCUUGUUGUGUGCAUGUGUGUGUGUGUGAGAGAGAAUGGAUGAAAAACUAAUAAUAAUGUAAACUGAGAUCAGCUGUAAAGUCUUUAAUCAUGAUACUUGAAUAGUUUUUUUUUCUUGCUGUAGAACGUAGUCAGAUUGACAAAAUCAGCAAUGUGACGUUAUAACUUGAACUUGCACAAGUUUAGGAUUAUAGGUUUUUGACUGGAACUUCAUAAUUCUAAUGUUUCAACAUUUUCUACUGAAAUGUUGCAGAAGAGAUAAGGUAAAAUAAAUGAAUGAUAUCAGUCCAUGAAGUUGUAUUAUGACCACAGACAUUGGAACGUUUCAUGUGAUGUAAUAUAUAUUUUUUGCUGUGUCUACAGUGUUUAAAGCUAGAAGUUGUCAUUGGGCUGAGGCAGCGGGCUGGAGUAUGACGUUUAAGUUAAUUAAUGACCAAAUGAAAAUAUUGUUCUCUCAGAAAACUGAGAAUUAGGGUGUAAACUACUGAUUAUUUGUUUAGUUUUAUUUAAUUGCUGUACAGAUAAAAAUGUGAUUUGUUUUUUGUCUUCAUUCUGUUCCCAAUUUCUGUUCAAAUUGUGAAAAAGUCUUUCACUUGAGGUCCUGCCCUCUUUUUCACUUGUUUACCAUUUACUUUAAAACCUGUCACUCUGUCUCACUAAGCCUGUGAGCAGUGUGUGGGAGGACCUCACUGUAGCAUUAGCUACCUUGUGUUUGGAGUUGACCUUUGUUUGGCUGAGAAAGUAUAAAAAGGAUUAAUAUAAUUUACUGGCGAUGUUCAUUUUAAAAUAUCCUGAUUAAUUUGAUCUAUUUUGAUUAAGAAUUUAAGAAUAAAUGCUGCUAAUUGUGAUGUUCCUUUGCCUUACCGCGUCAUAGAAAGAAAAAAAAGAGGUGAUGCCAGAUGACUUGACUGUAUUCAUUCUUACUGAAUUGAGCACACGCAUUCCCAGGGUGAGCUUUGACAUUCUGGCCACAUGCCCGAACUCUCCAGUGGCUUCCUUUUCUUUAUUUAUGUUAAUGUGUGAAUGCUCACGAUAAAAUGUUAUGUCAGUUAUGUCAUCAUGUAAGAGUUAUAAUGUCAAACUGUCCACCAUACAGCUUUUCAUUAAGUCAAAAGAGGGGGAUAACUGGAAAACACGGGAACCCAACCGUUACCCCUCAUAUGGCUUCAUUCUCCCACAACAGCCAGUAAUGCUGCUGUCCAGCAUUUGGUUCUCAAACUUUUGCACUUAAUUUCCUUUUUGUUCAUAUCUUGCAGUACCACCAAAAUGGAAGGAAAUUUUAGAAAGAUUAUCCAUGUCUUGGAUAUGUGGUACUGGUUCUUCCAGUAGUACAUAGCAUGCUGUUAUCAACAUGGUAACUUGACUUAGCUUGCAAAGAAAUUGCUUUACCUGAAGCAUUAUUACUUGUAAAGUACAUUAUACAUAGAUAUCUUAUAAAUUAUGUAUAAAAGUUGAUAUAUUUUACUAAGACUGACCACAAAGCUUUGAAAACUAAACAUGCCCUUUACUUGACAUGAAAAAGGGCUGUAAGGAUGAACUGUUUGAAUCACUGUCAAACUGAAAUCUUUGUACAAAUAUUCCAGCUGUACUGUUCGGCAAGUAAAUAAAAUGUUUUG